AUGAAACCAAACGCAUACCAAUAUUUAGUGAUAUUUAGAAUAAAUUCAUGUUAUUACAUUCUUUCAAUUCUAUAUGGCGUUCAUUUGUGCAAAGAGAGUCCAUUAAAGUCUUUUUUUGUUAAGGUAUCUGAAGUAUCAACCGCGCGGCAUUUUAAAAAUACGAGACUUGGUCUUGGACCUCGUCCAACACACCGUAACACCACUACAGCAGUAUUUUUAAUGGAAUCAACAUGA